CAUUUCAAUAAUUGUCAGUCAUAUUUGAAAAGCAAGGAAAGUGUGGAGUUCCAGUUCAGGUUAGAUCUGAGAUUGACAGACAUGAAAUGGCUUUGGAUGCAUUCAUAUCACUCGAGCUCACCAUCGACGACCUCAUAAACAAUCCUUUUUCUAGUGUGUCGCUUGCUCCACCAACUCAUCAAAUUUUGGAAUUCGCAUACCACCAACUCCACUCCUCUCAGCAAAUCGCCAGAAAAUUGCUCUUGCGCACCACCACCAGUUUGGAUCUCCAAAUCAAAGUCGCAGUAUCCACAUUACUACACACAAUUAGAUCAUUGAAGCAGAAGCACGCGCCAUCUGGAAGCAGCGUGCGCUACAUCGAAUUCUCCGCAGAGGAGGUGAAACAUCUCACCCAAGAUAUUCACUCCUUUGCAAAGUUAUUUAACACAUUGCACGCCGCCGCCGACGUCAAAGAAGAAGAAGAUGAUGUUUCAUCGAAUAUCGUUUUUUCUGAGCGCAAAUCGAAGAUGAUUGGUUUCUUCGACCAUUACAAACAACUCAAAUACCAUCUCACUAGUUCAGCAUCUCACAUGUCACCCAUAGUUUUGGUCCUCGUUGGGAUGGCAGGCAUCGGUAAGACAACACUUGCUGCACAAGUUUUCGAAGAUUCAGAUAUCGUGAAACACUACGAUCUUCGCGUGUGGGUGAACAUUGGGGGAAAAUGUCAACUGAAAGAGAUCCCGCGGCGCAUUCUAGCUAAGCUGAAUCCCGAUCUAAGCGAUCGAUUCCUCUCGGAAGGUGAGGAUCACGAAAUUGCUCGGUGCCUGCGUGAGAAUUUGAAGGGCAAGAGAUAUCUCUUUGUUGUAGAUGAUGUAUGGAACAAAUACACGGCGUGUCACUUCAAAUGGUGGAGCAAAUACAAAAUAUUUGAAUCGGAGCCUUUUCCAUACGAGGGAAAUGGAAGUCGAGUGUUGCUCACAACCAGGCUGCAGCAAGCAGAUGAACACGAUGGUAAAUUUCCUGAUUAUGUCUCGAAAUUGCGCUUCUUGGAUAAGGAGGAAAGCUGGGAGCUUCUGCGUGAGAACGUGUUUGGUGAAGAGCUGUGCACUUAUCAAUUUGAGAGAGCUGGAAGGAAGAUUGCGGAGAAUUGUGAAGGUCUUCCUCUUAUGAUUGUUGAGGUUGCAGAGCUCUUGUCUUCGAAGGAGAGGACGUUGCACUAUUGGAACGAAGUUGCAGCAAAGAAAAAUCACGAGCUUUUCAUGGAUGCUUAUGAUGGAAUAUCAAAGGUACUGUAUUCAAGCUAUGAGAAUUUGACUGAGUUGCUAAAACUAUGUUUUCUGUAUAUGGGAGUUUUUCCUCAAAAUUAUGAGAUUCCUCGAACUAAGCUGAUCAAUAUGUGGAGUGUAGAUGGAUUUCUUGAAGGAAAUGCACAUGAAUUCCAAUCUUUUAGUGCAAUAGAAUGUUUAAAUGAGCUUGUUGCAAAUAACGUGGUCAUGAUAUAUCAAAGCAGCCUGUCUCCGGAUUCAAUUGGUUAUGAGCAAAUAAAAACUUGUGGACUUCAUUCUUCGUUAUGGCACUUGUGUAACAGAGAAGGUAGGGAGACGAAAUUCUGUCGCGUCUUAAACGGUCUUGGUGACGGUUUAGGAGGAGAUAUAGAGGGGCAGAGUAGAUUGUCCUUCCACAACAAUGUUUUGUUUGGCAUCAAAGAUGUAUGUGAGUCAGUGGAAGUUCGUUGUGCAUCAACUGCGCGUUCUCUUCUUUGUUAUGGUCCUUAUCAACAAUAUCCAGUUCCCAUAUGCUCUGGUUUGAAGUUGCUGAGAGAGUUGGAUGCUCUUACAAUCCGUUUCUAUGAGUUCCCAUUGGAGGUUUUAGAAUUUGUUGAGCUGAGGUACCUAGCCCUCACUUUGAGUGGAGAACUCCCUGCUUCCAUAUCCCGACUCACAAACCUUGAGUUCUUGAUUGUGGGUCGCCAUUUGAGCAUCAAAUCGUGCAGGGGGUUGUCGUAUUUGCCAGUGGAGAUAUGGAACAUGAAGGAGAUGAAGCAUAUUAAUGUCAUGGAUAGUGACAUACCCAAUCCUUGUGGGGCUUCAUUGGAAAGUUUACUCACACUUUCAAAUGUGAGUGUUCAUAGCUGUACUGAGGAAGUUUUUAGUGCAGUUCCAAAGUUGGAGAAACUCGGGAUUCGAAUUGAAUUAGCAUAUGAUGAUGAUGUUAAACUCUUGAGCUCCCUUGACCGAGUUUCCAUUCUCAAAGAACUGAGAUCGCUCAAAUGUGUGAUAGUGAGUUCUGAGAUAGUGCCUCCUCCGGCUGCUCCAUUUCCAAAAUUCCCAUCAUAUUUGACGAAGCUGAGUUUGAGCGGGCUGUAUAAUUCAUUUCUUGCACUCAUAUAACACUAUUUCCAACUGUUUAUUUUAAACUUAAAC